AUGGCCAUCCGCGCGCAAAAAGGGGCUACCCCGUGGGCGGUUCUCGCGAGCAGCGGUGUCGUCGCGCUGCUGGUCACGUGUCUGCUGAGCAGCAGCGUGGCGAAGUUCGCGAUCGCGCAACCCGCGCCGGCAGUCUCAGACCGGGCGGUGCAAACGGUCGGGCCGACCGUUGCGCCCGCGGCUAGAUCAGGGAAGGAUUUCCCGCCGAUUGAUCCUGACUGGGAGGCGCAGAUGCAGUCCAUCAUCCAGCAGGUGUCCAACCAGACGGUCCUCUCCUCAUUUGCCCAGUUUUACUCUAACCACUUUAAAUCUGAACAGCUGUACAUCGAUCAGAAUGCAACCAUCCUCAUCCCCACCAACGUCGGCUAUUGGCGCUUCGAAACCCAAUGGGACACCCUCACCCGCAGGCAGAGGCGCCGGUUACUACGUUACCACAUUCUCAAGGGGCGUUACACUGCGAGGCAGCUCCUGAAUGCUGCUCCGCUCACACUCUUUCCAACUCUGAACCUGAACCUGCCGCUAAACAAGACUCUUAAGCCAAAUGAAGUGUAUUUCCAGUCAGUUCCGGCGACGAGGUUCGUGUCGCCACUGAGCGUGCCGAAUGCAGGGCUGACAGAUAAUUUCGCUGCGCAUGGAGUGACGAUGGUCCUCCUGCCGCCCAACCUUAACUGCACCUGGUCUUCCUGCAAAGGCUAA